UGCCAACAAACCUCCGGCCUUGGCGCUCGCUGCCCGCGGCACCGCUGCCGCCGUGCAGGGUGAGCGCUCUGGAAAACGUGAUGUCGGAUAAAGGGAGCAGCAUGGAGGGGAAGACAGACAUAGUGAAUGGCAGCUUGUCCAGCAGCCCGGAGGAGAUGUCAGCCGAGGAGGGCCGAGAAACCUCCUCUGGCAUUGAGGUGGAGGCCUCCGAUCUCAGCCUGAGCCUCACGGGAGACGAUGUGGGGCCCAACCGCACCAGCACGGAGAGCCGGGACACGGACACGGAGAGCUCGGGGGAAGAGAAGGACUCUGACAGCAUGGACGACACGGGCCACUACUCCAUAAACGAGGAGAACCGUGCCCUUGACCGGUCGCACUCAGAGGAGGAAGAGGAGGAGGACGAAGAGGAGGAGCAGCGGUCCCACCGCCGUGCCCAGCGCAAGCGUGCCAGCCACGACCAAGACUCCUCUGACGACGAGCAGGCCCUGGAGGACUGGGUGUCCUCGGAGACCACGGCGCUGCCCCAGCCCCGCUGGCAGGCGGUCCAUGCCCUCCGGGAAAGGGAGCUGGGCUCCAGCGCCCGCUUCGUUUACGAGGCCUGUGGGGCCAGGGUCUUCGUGCAACGCUUCUGCCUCCAGCACGGCCUGGAGGGCCACACGGGCUGCGUCAACACCCUGCACUUUAACCAGCGUGGCACGUGGCUGGCCAGCGGCAGCGAUGACCUCAAAGUGGUGGUGUGGGACUGGGGAAGGAGGCAGCCGGUGCUGGAGUUCGAGAGCGGCCACAAGAGCAACGUCUUCCAGGCCAAGUUCCUCCCCAACAGCGGCGACUCCACUCUGGCUAUGUGUGCUCGGGACGGCCAGGUCCGGGUGGCCGAGCUCUCCGCCACCCAGUGCUGCAAAAACACCAAGCGCGUGGCACAACACAAAGGCGCUUCGCACAAGCUGGCCCUAGAACCGGAUUCUCCAUGCACUUUCCUAUCAGCAGGUGAAGAUGCUGUAGUCUUCACCAUUGAUCUGAGACAAGACCGGCCCGCCUCGAAACUGGUUGUGACAAAGGAAAAGGAGAAGAAAGUGGGUCUGUACACCAUCUACGUGAACCCAGCCAACACCUACCAGUUUGCUGUGGGAGGCAGAGAUCAGUUUGUCAGAGCAGUCGCUCGCAUGCCGAGCUCUCUAAGCGGGCACGUGGCCAGUGUGAACAGCGAGUCCAAAGCCAACAUCACCUGUCUCGUCUACAGCCACGACGGCUCGGAGCUGUUGGCUAGCUACAACGAUGAAGACAUUUAUCUCUUCAACUCCUCUCACAGUGACGGAGCGGAGUACAUCAAGAGAUACAAGGGACAUCGCAAUAAUGCCACUGUGAAAGGCGUCAAUUUUUAUGGCCCGAAAAGUGAGUUUGUG